AUGCCACGGAAGAGUUUCGCGCUUGCGCUCUGCAUCCGUGGACCAAAAUUUUGGGACAAGUGUAAGCCGUGUCCCAAAGUGCGUCCAUUUUGAGAGGAUUAUCGAGUUUUAAUACAAAAACCAUGACGUGCGGAUCGGAAUGCAUGUCCCUAGGCCCGCCGCCGGACUCCAUCCUGUACUUGCCACCACCACCGCUACCGGCGUUCCUCGCUAAUGCUGCCAACCUGACACCGCCCUGCCGCGCCUCAAAAUGCCCGCCGCAGAACAACGAGGAGAACUCCCUAUUUCCAGGCGUGGAAUAUCAUGAGCUGCCUAGACACGUGGCAGGUGUUGCAGAACCAGGCGGUGGCGAUGACACGUGGCUGCUCGUCCUCAUCACGUGCUGCGUAGCUGUUCUCUGCAUCGCGGCACUGCUGGCGCUAUUCCUGUUUAGGUGCCGAGAGUUAUCCUUGUACAGGUCCCGAGGCGCUUGCAAGAGCAGCUCAGGCAAGGCAGGAGGCUCCAACGCGCUCUACGGGGGUGCAGCCCUCGACUCCCGCGUCCUCUGGGCCGCCCUCACCCCCAGGGGUACCCGCCACUUUGUUGCUGACACAUACCCCCAUGAUGAAACUGAAGACCAUCACUACGAGUGCGUCGAACCUCCGCUAUACAAGUUGGGUCCACCAGAAGACCUCGCUAUAACUCGGCAUUUCAACGUCGAAUACGAAGAUCCAGCUCCACUGAUUGAAAGCUACGCUGACCGCACUGAGGAAUACUUCAGAAACGGUAUGGAAACCCUCCGCAGGGGAAGACCGCUGGUUUCCUCUCCUACCAGAAUCGAACGACCCAACUUGCCACCUCUUAAUCUUCAGCCGAGGACCCUCCGCAGGGCACCGCAUUCUCGACGAGUGAGUGACGCCAACAAUCCGGAGAAAGCGGCCAUCUGAACCGAGGGUGGCGCGGUCUUCUCCGUCGCCGACUCUACCGAUAUCGACUACGAUUGGCAACCUGACAGCGCCAACGUCGAUCGACUCGUGUAAACUUCCGGACGUAUAGGCAGCGACAUACUAAAGAGGAUUCCUGACGACGAAUACCCUGACUCUAGUGCAAGAAUUGUGUGUUUAUGGUGAAUAUAAUUUAUCUUUUGGGAUGGAAUUCUAUAAACAUCUGCCUGUCUCCUUUCACCCUUCUAAGGUUGCCGUUGCCUGUAUUUUCAUCCAUCUCACUCAUCAUUUGUAUGAAAGAAAACGUUAUGAGCCGCUUAAGCGGCCGAUGGACCACUUAAUUCCAUUAGUUUUAGUUUUCAGUGAAUGCAAAGCUUAUAGUGAACAACAUUUUCAGUGGCUUAGGUUUAUGUAAUAAUGUUAUUUAAAAACGUAUUGCUAUAAGAAUCGUGACACGUUAGAUUAUAUUGCGUUAAAACCAAGCAUCUAUGUCCUGUUUCCAUACUACGUCACACAUCAUCUUUUCCAAUUAAUCUAGCAGGAAAGGACGGAUGGUAUGACACACCAGUGUUCGAAAAUUGGUGCUGUUUUAGCAACUUGCCGGUAGUUCUAUUUGUUGUGUUAAAAUUAUUUAACUUAUAUCAUACUGUAAAUAAAAGAUUUAUACACAUAUUUUAUAUUUAUUUUGUUUAUCAGCUGUGCAAUGUAAAAUGCAAUGCAAUUCGAUUCUAGUCUUAGUAGGUACGUCUUAACUGCUACCCUGUAGUGAAAUUGAUGUGCAACCCUUUAGCCGUCUAUCAGACUGUGAUUAUUGUUUUUUUUAGGUUUAUUAGGUGAAUUAAGCUUUUACUGAUAAGUGCACUUUAAGUUCUGUGUUAAAAACGCCUAGGUAUUUACCUUCAGAUUGAGUGUCAUUACUUUUUAUUCCCAUGACGGUUAAAGGGUUAAGUAACAUCGACAUUUCUAGUCAAUGCGUAUAAAUGUCACUAUGUAUUUUUCACGAUUGUACCCUGUACUCGAUGUCUAUUUCUACUCUACAUUUAUUAAUACUGCAAUUACUGCACUAGAAAAACGCGACGUAUUCAUAUAGGCGAAACUGCGUAAUGUCUGUGUUUUACAUUUAAUGUAAUGACUGCCUUUUAUACGUAUCAAUAAAUUAUUGUUUUACUCGUA